GAAUAUCCCUGUUGAUGAAGUAUUCGAGCAGCUGAAAUGUACAAGGGAGGGUUUGACAGAACAGGAAGGACAGAACAGGCUCCAAGUUUUUGGCCUUAACAAGCUUGAGGAGAAAAAGGUAUUUUUAUUCUUUUGCUUAUAAUUUUUAUUUAUUUAUUUAUAUUUUUUGUAUUGGAUUUUUCAUACAUGAAGUUUCUUGAAGAAUGAAUUGAUCUUUUGUAUAAAAUUUCUGCCACAGGAGAGCAAGCUUCUCAAGUUUUUGGGUUUUAUGUGGAAUCCUUUAUCAUGGGUCAUGGAGUGUGCUGCUAUUAUGGCCAUAGUUUUGGCAAAUGGAGGGGGGAGGCCUCCAGACUGGCAAGACUUUGUGGGUAUUGUUGUGCUGCUAUUUAUCAACUCCACCAUCAGCUUCAUUGAAGAAAACAAUGCAGGUAAUGCCGCUGCUGCACUCAUGGCUGGUCUCGCCCCCAAAACCAAGGUGUUAAGAGAUGGAAAAUGGAGUGAGCAGGAUGCAUCAAUCUUAGUUCCAGGAGAUGUGAUUAGCGUGAAGUUGGGAGAUAUUAUCCCAGCAGAUGCUCGUCUACUUGAAGGAGAUCCACUCAAGAUUGACCAGUCAGCGCUCACUGGUGAGUCCUUGCCUGUAACAAAGAACCCUGGUGAUGGAGUGUACUCUGGUUCCACCUGCAAGCAAGGUGAGAUUGAGGCCGUGGUCAUUGCCACCGGAGUUCACACCUUCUUUGGCAAGGCUGCCCACCUUGUUGACAGCACAAAUCAAGUGGGGCACUUCCAAAAGGUGUUGACUGCCAUUGGUAACUUCUGUAUUUGCUCGAUUGGGGUGGGUAUGAUACUGGAGCUUUUGGUGAUGUACCCAAUCCAGAAUAGGAAAUACAGAGAUGGUAUUGAUAAUCUGCUAGUGCUUCUCAUUGGAGGGAUCCCAAUUGCCAUGCCAACAGUGCUGUCUGUGACCAUGGCUAUUGGCUCUCACCGGUUGUCGCAGCAAGGUGCCAUUACCAAGAGGAUGACUGCUAUUGAAGAGAUGGCGGGGAUGGAUGUCCUUUGCAGUGACAAGACAGGAACUCUUACCCUCAACAAGCUCUCGGUGGACAAAAACUUGAUUGAGGUAUUCCCCAACGACCUUGAUAAGGCCGACGUUAUUCUCCUUGCUGCUAGGGCUUCUAGGGUUGAAAAUCAGGAUGCCAUUGAUGCUUCAAUUGUUGGGAUGCUGAGUGAUGCCAAGGAGGCAAGAGAAGGGAUUACAGAGGUGCAUUUCCUGCCCUUCAAUCCGGUGGAGAAACGCACUGCAAUAACCUACAUCGACUCUCAUGGGGAUUGGCAUAGAAGCAGCAAAGGUGCUCCUGAGCAAAUUAUUGAACUUUGUGACCUCAAAGGAGAGGCGGCAAAGAAGGCCCAUCAGAUCAUCGACAGUUUUGCUGAUCGUGGCCUUCGUUCUUUAGGUAUUGCACGACAGACAGUACCAGAGAAAACCAAGGAGAGCGCUGGCAGUCCAUGGGAAUUUGUGGGUUUAUUGCCCCUCUUUGAUCCCCCAAGGCAUGACAGUGCAGAGACUAUCCGCAGGGCCCUUGACCUGGGUGUCAACGUUAAAAUGAUCACUGGUGACCAGCUUGCAAUCGGAAAAGAAACUGGUCGUAGGCUUGGGAUGGGCACCAACAUGUACCCAUCAUCCUCCCUUCUAGGUCAGUGCAAGGACGAGUCCAUUGCUACGAUUCCUAUCGAGGAGCUCAUUGAGAAUGCUGAUGGCUUUGCUGGUGUCUUCCCUGAGCACAAGUAUGAGAUUGUUAAGAAGCUGCAAGAAAGGAAGCACAUUUGUGGAAUGACUGGAGAUGGUGUAAAUGAUGCCCCAGCACUUAAGAGGGCAGACAUUGGCAUUGCCGUGGCAGAUGCAACUGAUGCGGCCAGGAGUGCAUCUGACAUAGUUUUGACUGAGCCAGGACUUAGUGUGAUCGUGAGCGCUGUUUUGACAAGCAGAGCCAUCUUCCAGAGGAUGAAGAACUAUACCAUCUAUGCUGUUUCAAUCACGAUUCGUAUUGUGAUGGGGUUCAUGCUUAUCGCUCUUGUCUGGAAGUUCGACUUUUCACCUUUUAUGGUCCUCAUCAUUGCCAUCCUGAAUGACGGAACCAUCAUGACCAUCUCUAAAGACAGGGUGAAGCCAUCUCCCGUCCCUGAUUCAUGGAAGCUCAAGGAAAUCUUUGCCACCGGCAUUGUCCUUGGAACCUAUCUUGCCAUCAUGAGUGUGGUCUUCUUCUAUAUUGCUGCUGAUACCAACUUCUUCUCCAAAACUUUCAAUGUUAGAUCGAUCAGGGAUAGCAAAGAUGAGCUUACUGCGGCCCUUUACCUUCAAGUGAGUAUUGUCAGUCAAGCACUCAUUUUCGUCACCAGGUCACGCGGCUGGUCUUUUCUUGAACGCCCUGGACUCAUGCUUAUUGGUGCCUUCAUUGCAGCCCAGUUGGUGGCCACUGCCAUUGCUGUUUAUGCAGACUGGAACUUUGCUCGGAUCCAAGGCGUUGGGUGGGGAUGGGCUGGCGUGAUCUGGAUCUUCAGCGUUAUCACCUACUUCCCUCUUGAUGUCCUUAAGUUCAUCAUCCGCUACGCAUUGACCAAUAAGGCCUGGGAUAACAUGAUGCAGAACAAGACUGCUUUCACAACCAAGAAGGACUAUGGUAAGGAAGAGAGAGAGGCACAAUGGGCCGCGGCUCAACGUACACAUCAUGGCCUCAAGACCACAGAAACUGAUCCUAGCCUGCUCAAUGACAAGAGCAGCUACCGGGAGUUGUCUGAGAUUGCCGAGCAGGCGAAGAAACGUGCUGAAGUUGCCAAGUAUAUACAUGAUUAGCAUUAUUCAAAAAGAAAGACUGAUUUGUGCAUAAAUUGCUUGAUCAUUUUGAAGGACAUGUCCAGUUCAAUAUCGGACAACUUUUCUUAUAGUAAAAGACUACAUAUUUUCGAAUGUUUCUGCAGGUUAACGUAGAUCCCUAAAAGGACACCUUGAAUCAGUGGUGGAAGCUGGGAUUAAACAUCGGAACCAUUCAGCAGCACUACACUGUCUUACAGUAACAAGGAUGGAACAAAUUGUGAAAAUGUAGAAAUAGAUGCAAAGAGUAAAAAGGGAACUUCUCUUACAAUCUUCUGUUCUUUAUAUCAACCAAAAAAAGGAGGGGAAAAAAAAAAAGAGGGGGUAGAAAGGAGUUACGAUGAUGAAAUGACUGUGGAAUGUUGUGUAAUUUUAUAUUAUGAUGAUUCUCCUUUUCCUCAUUAGUGGCUUCAUCUUCUACUGCACAUUUUUUGGAUUAGUUUUAAACCAUGUAUUGUAAAAUUUAAACUAUGUUUUCUUUAAAAUGAGAGUGCCUUGCCUAAUGCUUUUACUUUUUAAAA